GGGGAGCGGACGUGACAGCGGCGCGGCCGGUGGCGGAGGGCGAUGGGGGUCCCGCGGGGGCAGGAGCGCCAGACCCCGCAGGAGGUUGAAACAAGAGAAGAUGAGGAACAAAACAUCAAGUUGACUGAAAUCUUGGAACUGUUGGUGGCCGCUGGGUAUUUUCGAGCAAGGAUCAAGGGGUUAUCACCGUUUGACAAGGUGGUGGGAGGCAUGACGUGGUGUAUCACUACCUGCAGCUUUGAUAUCGACGUGGAUUUAUUAUUUCAGGAAAACUCUACUAUUGGUCAAAAAAUUGCCUUAACUGAAAAAAUCGUGUCAGUAUUACCAAAAAUGAAGUGUCCACAUCGUUUGGAACCACAUCAGAUCCAGGGGCUGGAUUUCAUUCAUAUAUUUCCUGUGGUACAGUGGCUGGUGAAACGUGCAAUAGAAACAAGGGAAGAAAUGGGAGAUUAUGUCCGUUCUUACUCUAUAUCACAGUUUCAAAAAACUCACAGACUGCCAGAGGAUGAAGAAUUCAUGCAAAGAAAAGAGAAGGCACUCAAAACACUUACUGCUAUCUUUGAGGUUUACAAACCCCAGAGAAAAUACAAGCGUCAGACAGGAGCUGAGGAACUGCUGGAUGAGGAAUCAAAGGUUCAUGCUACACUUCUGGAAUAUGGCAGGAGAUAUGGAUUUAGCAGACAAGCAGGAAAAACAGAACAGACUGAAGAUAAAAAAGCAGCAGUACCUCCAGGGCUUGCAGCAGCAGGGAAAGCUGAGCCUUGUGAUGAAGUUGACCUUCAGGCUGCUGAAGAGCUUCGCAUUAAAACCCUGAUGACUGGAAUGGCUGCAAUGGCAACAGAAGAGGGCAAACUGACAGCAAGCACAGUUGGCCAGAUUGUUGGACUCCAGUCAGAUGAGAUCAAGCAAAUUGUGUCUGAAUAUGCUGAAAAGCAAUCUGAGCUUUCUGCUGAGGAGCGACCAGAAAGGCUUGGAGCUGCCCAGCAACACAGAAGGAAGGUGGCAUCUCUCAACAAGCAGAUUUUGCAAAAAACCAAACUCCUCGAAGAUUUGCAAGCUAAAUGUGCUGAUCUGCAGGCAAAGUGUACCGAAGCAAAAAAGACAUUAACAGAGGUUAAGAGUUACAGUGAAAAGCUGGACAAGGAAUUGGCAGCCUUAGAAACAAUAGAAUCCCAAGCAGAUUCUAGCAUAUUACAGAGUCUGCGAGCACUAGUGGCCAUGAAUGAAAACCUGAAAAGCCAAGAGCAAGAGUUCAAAGCACAUUGUAGGGAAGAAAUGGAGAGACUACAACAAAAUAUUGAGAAUUUGAAAGCUGAAGCAGUGGAAAAUGGGGAGGAACAGGUAAUAGCAAAAGUCCUAAGUUCUUAUGAACCAAAUAAGAUCAUAGAACAGCAGUACAAAGCUGAGAAAGAGAAACUGCAGAAGAUCCGCCUGCUACUGGCACGAAGAAACAGAGAAAUAGCCAUUUUACAACGCAAGAUUGAUGAAGUACCCAGCCGAGCUGAGCUCACACAGUAUCAGAAGAGAUUUAUUGAACUUUACAGUCAGGUCUCAGCAACUCACAAAGAAACAAAGCAGUUUUUCACUCUUUAUAAUACACUGGACGAUAAGAAAGUAUAUUUGGAAAAGGAGGUUAACUUACUGAAUUCUAUCUAUGACAACUUCCACCAAGCCAUGGCAUCGUCUGGAUCUCGGGAGCAGUUUUUGCGGCAGAUGGAGCAGAUUGUAGAAGGCAUCAAACAGAAUCGAAUGAAGAUGGAAAAGAAGAAGCAAGAAAACAAAAUGAGAAGAGACCAGUUGAAUGAUGAAUACUUAGAGCUUCUAGAGAAACAGAGGCUUUACUUCAAAACAGUGAAAGAAUUUAAAGAGGAAUGCCGGAAGAAUGAAAUGCUGCUGUCCAAGCUGAAAGCCAGUUCUUCCUGAAGAACUCCAGCUGGGGAAAUUUAUAGAAGAUUGUUCAGUCCAUUGAAUCUCUUUUGUGAGGUGACAGUUAUAACUGCGAUGUAGAUGUAUAUAUAUAGAUAUAUAUAAAUAUAUAUAUAUACACACAGCUGUAGAAGUCUGUUUUUUCCCAUAUGUGUUCAGUUUACAUUCCCUCAUCACAUGGCUGUAUUAUUCAUUAUUGCCUUCACUUACACAGUAAAGAGUUAACACAGUACAGCAAAAUAUAAAUACUGUCUAAUUUUAUUUAUUUGUGUUUUUGUUUUGUUUUUUUGUUUGUUUGUUUUUUGUUUUUUGGGGUUUUUUUGUUCCUAGAGUAAGGACAGUGGGAAUGUUUUUUGUUUGGGUUUUGACACUGAAUUAGGUGAAAAUUCUGGAAUAAGUUUACAUGUACUGUGCAGUAUAUCCUAUGUCCAGCACCCCACAGGAUGAGCUCUGCAGAAUGCAGUAGUUUGUUCAUUUUGGCCCCAAAAAAAACCCCCACACGAUGAGAUUCUUCAAACUCGCUUUACCAGCUAAUAACUUCACAUUAUUUUAGUUUACAUUCUAGCCAUAGAUAGGAUUCCAAAGGAUAACAAUUAAUUUCUAAUGGCUAAGAAAAUGAAAACUUACCUUGGAUAAUUCCUGGUGUAAAGUUAAUAGAUCUAUAUUUUUAUAAAAUCUAGCUGUUGUAUAAAUUUCUUUGAAAUUCCAUUUUUAUAUAUAGAGAGUGUGCUUGUUAAAUUAAUAGCUCCAGGAAAAAAACACCUUAAUACUAGGAUCACCACGUUAUCCCUGUCUGGGAUGAAAAUCAAAGUCUGUCACCUGUAACAUAGGAAGAGAAAGAUUUGAGACAUUCUGCUCUAAUGAACUGAUGCUCACCUUUUGAAGACGACAACCUACUUACUCUGCUGAAGAUUUGCUCUUGAAAGUUCAGAAACUUUGUGGGACGCUUUCUGAAACAUUUUUAUAUCUGUAUAUACAGUAUUUUAUAAUUCAAACAGUUGCUUUUUGUACUUAACACCAGGAUUUUGGACUGACUUCUUAAUGUACCUGACAUCUUCAGGAGAAGAAGACCCAUGUUCCUUUUUCCCACUGACACUGAUGACAGUGCUGUUUGAGUACUUUCUAUGGCAGCAAAUAUAAAAUAAAGAAUGUUUGA